AUGGCUUCUCUUCUAAAAUUUGUGCUUCUUGUCGUGUUGGCAAGCACUGUAUCGGCGGAUUUCUCCACAAGCUUCCGCGAUUUCAUCAAUGCAACUUAUGGACAAACCGUGCUGACUGCUUUGGCAAGAACUGAUUUGGGAGCUGAUGGCAGUUACGGAGGAGGUUCUCAUGACGGUUUGAGUGCUACUAACAAACGUCCACUAGUCCUUGUCCAUGGUAUCACCAACACUGCAGGAACAUUCAAUCCCCAAAGAAACUUCUUCAAGGCCAACGGAUGGUCCGAGGAGACAGUCUAUGCAACCACUUACGGUGCGGGACCAGCUGUCAACGUGAUCAAUGUCAAAAUGGAAUGUGCCUUCGUUCAACAAAUCAGAAAUAUGAUCAUCGCUGUAAAUGCGUUCACUCAGCAGAAAGUUGACGUUGUCGGGUAUUCCCUCGGAUCCCCUAUCGCCAGAAAAGCAAUUCUCGGAGGAACUUGUGUGGACAACACUUCAAUUAACGUUGGACUACCAUUGACUAGUAUUGUGGAGACCUAUGUCUCGGUGGCUGGAGCAAAUCGUGGAUCUGGAACCUGCGUUCUUCCAUUGUUCAAUGCUUGCAACACCAACAACGGACUCUACUGCACUUCCACUUUCUUACAGAACAUCAACCCUACUAGCACCACUUCGCAACGCUACGAAGGUGCCAACAUCUUCUCUAUCUACGGACCAUCUGACGAUAAGGUCAAGUGGACUAACAACUGUGGCACUCUCAACUCGCAAAUUCUUGGAGCUGAUGCUGAGAAGAACGACAUGAUCGGAAACCACGACGCCAUUUUGGCAAACGUCACCGUUCAAAAGCAAGUUCUCGACAAUCACUCCUUCUAA